GUUACUUGGCAGUGGAUGUAAGGAGGGACUCUUGAUUCUAUCACAAAAGACCACCAAUCCAGAAGAUGUUAGUUAAGUGGGCAGAGCAUUUCCCACAUUAUAAAGCAAGUCAAUUUUGUAUUUAUUUUUUUAAGACCACAUCAAGCCACUGAAAAUCACUUUCAGAGGUUCUUCUUUAGCAUUUAUAGCUUCUCUGAUCUGAUCUGAUCUAGCGGUUUAUUCUGCCCACCCCUAAGAUCUGCCAAUUCAAAGCCACAGGCUCAUUGGUCACCAUCCGCAACUCCAGUCUUCGAACAGGCAGGGAACAACAGGCAUGGAGGUGGGUCAGAUGCAGAGGAGGUUGGUAGAGUUCACCAAAUCAUUGUUCAUGGAGGGUUUCUUGGACGGUCAGUUUUUGCAGCUCCAACAGCUGCAGGAUGAGAGCAACCCUGAUUUUGUUGUGGAAGUUGUGUCCCUCUUCUUUCAGGAUUCUGAGAAGCUGCUCAAUGAUCUGACGUCGGCUCUAGAGCAGCAAAAUGUGGACUUUAAAAAAGUCGAUGCCCAUGUUCACCAGUUGAAGGGCAGCAGCUCCAGCAUAGGUGCACAGAGAGUUAAAAAUGCCUGCGUUGUGUUCCGCAGCUUUUGCGAAGAACAAAACCUCGAAGGGUGCAUGAGAUGUCUGCAACAAGUGAAGCAAGAGUUCUACCUUGCGAAAAACAAGUUUGAAACUCUGUUCACCCUGGAGCAGCAAAUCUUGGCGGCCGGCGGUUCCAUCCCGGCAACGGAAAUCACGAGUUUCUAAGGAUUUAGAAAGAACAUCGACGUACCCCUGCUAUGCCUUGGAGAAUCCGUUAACCGAUUUUGCGAAUUUUCUUGGGACCAUAAGCUCAAUAAGUAACCAUGUCUCUGGGUGGUCUCCACUGAGAAAGAUGUCUCUCUCUUCUAUGUGUUUGUAGGUCUCCUUAAACAGGAACAUAUUUCUGUGUAGUCUAGCGUUUUUGGCUAUAUUUGGGAUUUAAUUAUGUACUUUCUUAAGCUGAUGGGCAGUGGAGGUGGCCUUAUUACACCACAGAUUUUGGUGUUCAAAAGAAGAGCACAAGAUCUUCCUAAUGCAGAACAUAACAUUAGAGAAAA